UUAUCAUAAUGGAAGACUUGAUUGAAAGUUUUUACUGGGCUGGGUUGUAAAACGUUUUCUUAUGGUGACUCUAAACAGGCUGAAGCAAGCUACGCUCACUGAUCCAAUAAAACUUGAUGGAAGGUAUUAGGACCAUGACUUGCAGAUAUAAAUUCAGUUCCUCUGCACUUAGUUCCAGUAACUUCAUGGGUUAAUAAUUGUUUUUGUUUCUGAUGCUAAUCUAGCCCCUUUACAGUAUCACUACUGUCUCUAUUACUUAUAAGGUUGUCAAGUUAAAAUAAAACCUGCCACAAUAUUGGCAGUGCAGAAAUCCCUAUGAGGCUGAGUUGUCUGAUGUGUUACAUCAGAUUUCAAAUCUCUCCGUGCCCGUUUUACUGCAGCUCAGUUGUUUUCUGACAUUUUCUUUGAAGGCCAAGAACUUGCUGGAGUCUGUGAUUUGUCCUUCAAGUGGGGCUGGGAUGUUAAAAAUAUACCUGGGUCUACUUGAGGAGAUAUCAAUUUCUGCCCCUCCCAACUAAAGUAAACAAAAAAGGGAUUACACUUAUGUUAACAAAAUCUUUCUUUUCUUUUCAGACUUCCAGUAAGAAGUGAAACCUUAAGGGAAAAGCCCUUGAUCCCAGCAAAAACUGUCAGAUAGUGCAGGAGAUUGAUAAGUGGAAGGCCAAUGUGAAGUAGCUGAAUGACACGGGAGAUGGAACAAGGGUCACUGGAGAUCAGCUUUCUCCCAGGCUCAAGGCAGGCAUGGCCCGAGGAGACUGCAGAAGCUCCAGACAGCCAAGCUGCUAAAAGCAAACCCUUAGAGGACAGAGGGAACUGGAAGGGAAGGUUUGACUUCCUUCUUUCCUGUGUGGGCUAUGCCAUUGGACUUGGGAAUGUCUGGAGAUUCCCUUACCUCUGUGGAAGAAAUGGUGGAGGUGCAUUCUUGAUCCCAUAUUUUAUGACACUGAUAUUCACUGGAAUCCCUUUGUUCCUGCUGGAAACAGCUCUUGGUCAGUACACAGCCGUCGGAGGGCUGGGUGUGUGGAAGCUGGCCCCCAUGUUUAAAGGAGUUGGGCUGGCUGCUGUAAUCCUGUCAUUUUGGCUCAACAUUUACUACAUCGUGAUCAUAGCGUGGGCUCUCUACUACCUCUUCAGCUCUUUCACAACGGUGAGCCUCAGUAUUCAGGUAUUACCAUCAGUACUUCCUUGGCAAAGCUGUGGCAAUAGUUGGAACACAAAAGCUUGUUUCUCUAACUACUCCCUGGCUGAUACCUCCAACCUGACCAGUGCAGUGACAGAAUUUUGGGAACAAAAUAUGCACCAAAUUACCAGUGGGCUAGAUGAACCAGGAAAUUUGCGAUGGCCUCUGGCUGGCACACUGGCUCUCUCCUGGAUCCUAGUUUAUUUCUCAAUCUGGAAAGGCGUGGAAUGGACAGGAAAGGUUGUGUACUUCUCUGCCACUUAUCCCUAUGUCAUGUUGAUCAUUUUAUUUAUCCGUGGAAUAACUCUCCCAGGAGCAAAGGAAGGGCUUUUAUUUUACAUAACUCCCAACUUCAAGAAGCUCUCAAGCUCACAAGUCUGGCUUGAUGCAGCCACACAAAUCUUCUUCUCCUAUGGACUAGGUUUGGGAUCUCUUAUUGCUUUGGGCAGUUAUAAUAAAUUCCAUAACAAUGUUUACAGAGAUUGCCUCAUAGUCUGCAGUAUAAACUCCUGUACCAGCAUAUUUGCUGGAUUAGUCAUCUUCUCUGUCAUUGGAUUCAUGUCCCACAUCACAAAUAAACCAGUAAGCGAACUUGCUUCAUCAGGCCCUGGGCUCGCAUUUCUUGCUUAUCCACAAGCUGUGACACAAAUGCAACCAUCAGCUCUAUGGGCCAUUCUCUUUUUCUCCAUGUUACUGAUGCUCGGUCUUGAUUCACAGUUCUGCACAGUGGAAGGGUUUGUUACUGCCCUAAUGGACGAAUAUCCUAGAAGUCUGCGAUCUCAUAAAAAGCUGUUCAUUGCUCUGGUGUGCAUCAUUUCAUACCUCAUUGGAUUAAGUAAUGUUACUCAGGGUGGCCUCUAUGUGUUCAAAAUGUUUGACUAUUAUUCUGCCAGUGGGAUGUCCCUGCUCUUUCUGGUUUUCUUUGAGACUAUCUCAAUAUCUUGGUUUUAUGGAGUAAACAGAUUUUAUGAAAACAUUGAGGAAAUGAUUGGGUACAAGCCUUGCAUUUGGUGGAAGCUUUGCUGGGUGUACUUUACACCCAUUAUAAUUCUGGGCGUAUUUCUCUUCAGUGCUGUUGAAAUGUCACCACUAACCCUUGGGGAUUACAUUUACCCCAAAUGGGGACAGGGGAUUGGCUGGUUCAUGGCACUUUCCUCCAUGAUCUUUAUCCCAGGUUACAUGGUCUAUAUGUUUUUCACCACCAAAGGAACCCUUGUACAGCGUCUGCAAGUCAUGGUACAACCCAGGCAAGAGGUCAUAAUUAACAACAAUGGGCUGCAAGCUACGCAGUCCCUCAGCAGACGCUUUGCUGAUGACACUGUUUAAGGGCUCAUUGUGUAAAACAACAGCUUUAUUCCAUCCACCAGCCACCCUUCCCCACUUCAGCGAUUUCACAGUAAUCCACAUGUUGAAUUAGAUUGCACAGUUAAUUUGGGGUUUGUUGGACUAAACUGGUUUCAGUUACAAAAAAAAAUGUCAUUUUGGUAAAUUCUGCCUGAUAAACAUUAAACAUUCAAUUUUCACACUG